AUGGACAGCAAGCAAAACAUCGAAGUCGUCUAUCUUGAAGACGUCGCAGUCCCCUCCCAGCCAAGCGAGGACCAACGACCAUGGUAUAAGCAACCUGAACUCCGGAAGCUGUACCUCAUGAUGCCGUUCUUGUUCCUCGGGUCGACGACGUUGGGUUACGAUGGAAGUCUUCUCAACGGCCUCCAGACCAUGCCAGCAUGGCAAGCAUGCUUUGGAGGCUUCGCCGUCCUGCUAUUCACUCCAUACAUCGCUGACAUUCUGGGCCGUCGCAUGGGUACAGCAAUCGGCUGCAUCCUCGUCGUCGUCGGCUCCAUCAUCCAAGCACUACCACAAGCCAGCAAUCCGGAUGCAAUGUUCUUGGCUGGCAGGUUCAUCAUGGGAAUGGGCAGCAACAUCUCGAACGCUACCUGCCCACUUCUGAUUACAGAGGUCGCUCAUCCGAGACACAGAGGCAGGGUGACAACCAUCUAUAACACGCUCUGGUACAUGGGCUCUAUACUCGCUGCUUGGACCACGUACGGCACCCUCACACAUAUUGUCUCAGACCUGUCCUGGCGUCUGCCUAUCGGACUUCAGUGUGCCAUGCCAGGCAUACAGCUUCUCUUCGUCUACCUUCUGCCCGAAAGCCCACGUUGGCUGAUCAGCAAAGACAGGCACGAGGCUGCUAAGAAGGUCUUGACCAAGUACCAUGGCAAUGGUGAAGACAACGAUUUCGUCAACUGGGAGUUCAAUGAGAUCAGCCAGACACUGAAGGUGGAGAAGGCUGCCAGCGCCUCAAGUGGCUGGUACGAGCUUGUCAGAACGCCUGGGAACAGGAAGAGAUGCUUGCUCAUCAUUCUGACUGCCAUCUUCUCGCAAUGCUCCGGUAAUGGCUUGGUCAGCUACUACUUGGCUGCUGUGUUGCAGACAAUCGGCAUCACCAGCGGAUCCGACCAAGCACUCAUCAACGGCGGCCUGACAAUCUGGUGUUUCGUAGUCUCUCUCGGCUGCGCUUUCCUCGUCGACCGCAUCGGCCGUCGCACACUCUUCCUAAGCGCUGGCGUGGGCAUGCUCAUCGCAUUCAGCAUCUGGACCGCCUGCAGCGCCGUAUACGCCCAGACUGGCAACUCGAGCGCCGGUUCAGCCGUCUUAGCUAUGAUCUUCAUCUUCUACGGCGCUGCUGGUAUUGCCUGGCCUGGUCUAACUGUCUCGUAUACCGUUGAGAUCCUGCCCUUCAACAUCCGCGCUAAGGGUCUUACGCUUUGCUUUGUGUUUACGUCGCUGUCUGGUGUGUUCAACCAGUAUGUGAACCCCAUUGGUAUUGAAGCACUGGGUUGGAAAUUCUACAUCGUAUACGUUGUGGUUCUGGUGCUGGAGUGUCUGGCGAUCUACUUCCUCUACGUGGAGACUAGGGGCCCAACACUCGAAGAAAUCGCCAUCCUCUUCGAUGGCGAGAACGCAAAUGUGGCAGUCGCAAAUGUGGUCCUGGGUGCCGAUAGCGAAUUGAAACCGGUAAAGGACGGCGACUGCUGAAGGAAGCUGGUUGCUCCGGGAUGCCUAGCCCCACAGGUCCUGGUGUUUACGGACAGCUAUGAUGUAUGGUUCUAUCAUUAUCAACUUCUAUGAAAAUAUUCGUUAGUGUUAAGAGUAUGUUCAAGCCCCGGAGACAUUCUGAUCUUCACGGAGAGAUACAGAAGCACUCUCGGAGACUUUCGUGCUGCUUAACAAACGA